AAACUGAGUGGCUCAUCUCCGAGAGAAUGUGUAAAAUCAGGAGAACACAAAGAUAUUAACACACGGGCGGUGCUGUUCAGUUACACGACGUUUUCAUCCCCAAAAACGUUACCCCUAACGUCCCGCCGAUAUUUCGAAUUUAUUUUAAAAAUUACGAACGAUUUUUGGAUUUCUGAAAAAAGUUUUUAAAAAACUUUUUUUCGGAUUUCCUAAAAAAUUUCUUCUACUUUUUCACUGUCCACCAACAUCUCCUGCCACCAGCCAACACAUUCUUUCUUGCACACGAAACUGUCAUUUUAAUCUGAAAAAAUAAUUAAAAUCAAAAUCAAUUGAUUUUGAUUCCCAAAAUCUGAAAAACCAUGCUUCAUAACUACGACGACUUUGGCGGCGGGAAAAUGCAGGGCGCGCCUCAGGUGCCCCGAAACACCUUGUUGAGUGUUGACCAACAACUACAGCUAAUGAACACAAUCAACAAUAUGGUACGUGCGAGCCAAUUCACUUCACAACUCGCAAACACGAUCUUCACACUUUGUGCUCAACUCAAAACUUCGGGUUCGAUGCUGGAACAAUCACAUAAAAAUGAAUUAAAUAAAGUUUUCACAUCAUUACGUCAAGCAUGCUGUCGAGAUAAUGGACAACUUGGGACACCGUGUCGAUUGAAAAUUAUGGAACUUGUCGAAUUACGGGCAAUGAAUUGGAGAACAAACUUGGCACACAGCCAAUAUUAUGUCAACAGGCCGGAAGGACAACAUGAUCCAGCUCCAACUGUCGGCAUUCCACCGUCUGCCACGUCACCACCAACACAAGUGACGUCAUCAGUGACGUCACCUGUCCCAUCGUCACCUCAACCGCCAAUGCAAUUUGUACCACAGAAUCCGAUGAUGUUUCAGGAUCCAAUGGCUGCAAAUCACAACGCAGGCGGGAUCUUCUUCAUUCCAGCUGCUUCCACGUGGAUGAAUCCAUUAAUGCCAAUGCCUCCAAACCCAUUCCUUCCGCAUUCCAUGAUUCCACCAGAUCAUCAAAUGUUCUUGAGACAACGAAGUUUGAAUAAAAAACCAAAUAAUUUAAUGAAUAAAACACUACAACUUCGUCACGAGAUGAUCAUUCGAAAUUCGGAUUCUGGAAAAAUAAUGGGUGUGAAGGGAAGGAGAGUUGCCGCUGUAGAGCAGCUGACUAAUACUGUCAUUUCCUUCCAGAAAGUGGACUCAAAAUCCAAAGAACGUACAUUAACAAUUACGGCAUCAACAAUGGAAGAUAUCGAACGUGCAAAGGAUAUGAUUAUUGAUACGAUCAGAAGAAAUAUGAGCCCUAUGAGGACAGACAUGUCGAUUCCACCUCCAAACCAGUACUCGGGAAUGUCUAGUGAAAAUCAAUCGAUACCUUCACAGCAAAAUACUGCAAACAUUGAUGAAGAUGAUGAUGAUGACGAUGAAGAUAUUAAAUUAGAACAAACUUCCGAUGGAAAGCUCACUUUUCACUGUGAUGAUCCUGAACUUCUCGCCGCUGCGCAAGAGGCACUUUCCGCGUAUUUGAGAGUACGUGCCCGUCCGAGUGCCGAGGAGCGUGAAAAGAAAAAGGAAAGACGUAAAUCGAUGCCCCUUCAACAGACCGCCCGUGAUCAACAGGAACCUGUCAUGUUGAAACCGGCAAAAACAUUCCAUGGAAGUACUCCCAACCUGGCUGAUGGUCUCGCAGCGACGACUACUGUAGUCGUGGCGAGCAUCCCGCAACCGAUGGUUCCGAAUGUACAUGCUUCUGGUGAUAACCCGAUCCGCUACAAUCGUGACACUCUAAUGACCGCCCGUGACACUAAACGUGCUCCAAUUCCGGAUGAAAUGCUCCAAGAAAUCAAUCGAGUUGCUCCAGACAUUUUGAUUGCUUAAUGUGUGAAUUCUAGUAUUUAUUGCUUUUUCCCCUGAAAAUUCUUAGUUUUAGCCACUUUUUUAUUGUAAUUUUCCAGCAUCUUUUCAUUAUUUUAACCCCCGGGGUGUGUGUGAUAACUAUUCCAAAAAUUGAUACUAUGAGCUGCUAUUUUUUUAAAAAUAAUUUUAUUCUAUUCAAAAAACAAACAAUGAACACAA